CUAUAAUAUACUGUACUCAGGAGCCUGGCUUUAAGAAAGAAGCCGAGCAAAAGGUGGGAGCUACAUGGAUUCGCGUGGGGUUUUUUCCCCUCUCUCCUUGCAAGAUCCCCGGUGCUACCGUUUUUAGCCCCCCCCCCCCCUCCCACCCCGGUAGCUUUGUUUGCUUAGCAUCUCCCUGGCACUGCAGAGCUCAGGGGCUGCCUGGCGAUUCCUUUCCCGAGAGAGUCUGUUUGAAGUGGGCGGUGGGGGAAGCCCGGAGGAUGCAAGAUGUUUGACUUCUUGAUUUCUCUCCCUCUCUCUCUCGGCUCCGGCUCGGGGAGGGGGGAGCCGAGGAGGAGAGCCCCAGCGCCUGAGGAGCACGGGGGUGUUGGGAAGAGGCUGCAGAUCCUUGACGGGGGCAUUUGAAAGGGAAAUCGCCUGCUCGGAGCUGCGGCCGCCGGGCUGUGCAUGAUCGAGGAGCGGGACACGCUAUGCCCCCGGCCCCUUUGAGAGAGACCAAGGCAGUGCUCGUGGCAAAAUGUUCCUGACCUGCGACGGGACCUUGGGGAUUGUUCCAGCCACCAUGGAUUACAAUGGGGACGCCAGGCCCGGGGGUUUCCACGCCGGCUACCAAGAGAUCGAAGGGAUCAACCUGGGAUACUUACAGAUCAACGGCACCCAGAUGUUUGCUCUGGCUCAGGUCCUCAGCGACCUGUUUAAGGAUAUCCCCCGCACCACCAUCAGCAAGAAGAUGGAGACGCUCAAGAUCAAGAGCCGGCGCUGCGACCUCCAGGAGCUCCGCACCCUCAAAGCCAUCCACUCCGUGCCCACCCGCGCCGUGAAAUGCUCGCUCAUCUCCAAGGCGGACCUGGAGGCUCUGUGCACCUCCUGCAAGAGCCUCGGCCCCGGCCGGAGGAAGAGGAAGAGGAAGAGCAAGCGGAGGGAGCAGCUGCUGCUGCCGGGCCCGGGAGAGCUCUUCCAAUGCCCCCGGCCGCCGCUGCUGGCCGCCUGCUGCGGGCCGGAGCCAGGCAUCCGCUCCAAGCUGGCGCCCGACUUUGCCAAGGCCCCGGGCGGGCUCCUGGCAGAGCCCUUCUUCCCCAGCAAGAAGGGCUACAGCCUGGAGGGCCCCGGGGGGCUCUUUGCGGGCGUGCUGAGCGCCUACCCCCGCGACCUGCAGCUGCUGCACCCGGCGGCCCGCGAGCAGGCGGCGCCGCACGCCGAGCCGGGCCGGCGCCGGAGGGGCCCGUGCUGCGCCAAGGGGCUCUUCGCGGAGGACAAGGGCCCGGAGGCGGCCCGGAGAGGCCGAUCCUCCGCCGCCUUCCCCGGCUGCAAGCGGCAGGGCACGUCGGCCGGCUACUCCAGCGACUCGGACUCCAGCCUGGACCUGGGCGGCUCCAGCCCCGGCAGCUCCAGCGAGUCCUCGGAGGAGGAGGAGGAGGAGGAAGAGGAGGAGGAGGAGGACACGUCGUGCAGCAGCGAGGAGGGCAGCUCCUCGGAGUCGGAGAGCAGCUCGCUGUGCAGCGGCGACUCGGUGCAGAGCACCCGCUACAGGCAGGCGGCCCUGCCCCGCUUCCAGCCCCCGCGGGAGCCCGGCCCCGAGGAGCCCCGCGUCCCGGAGCCUCCCCCCAAGGCGCUGCGGCCGGAUCCCAACCUCCUGCUCCUCUCGCAGCAGCUGUGGGCCCGCACCCUGCGAGCCUCUACUUUGGAAAGUUGGAGGCCGGAGCCGGGCGUCAAGCGGGAGGCGGCGCCCCCCUCCCCGCCGCCCCCCUCCUGCCCCGUGGGGAACCCGCCGCCAGGCCCGGGAGGCUGCGGGGGGGCCGAGCCCGGCGCCCGAGGGGAGGAUUUGCACAAGGACGCCUCGGACCAUGAGGCCUCGCUGGGCCCCAGGGGCCAGGUCCCGGCUCCGGCGGGGCGAGCGGCUUCCCCGCAGCCCGCCCCGCAGCCCCCGGGCCGGGAGUCCGCGGGGCCCGGGAGCCUCCGGCCGCCUGAGCCGGGGGAGCCCCGCAGGGAGCAUUUCGACCGCCUCAUCCGGCAGUCCAAGCUGUGGUGCUACGCCAAGGGCUUCAACCUGGACGGGAAAAGUUUGCGGCCCGGAGGGAGGCUGGAGCCGGGCCGGGCCGGCGCCGAGCUCAAAGCCCCCGGCUCCAAGCGGCCCGCUAGUCCCGGCCCCCUGCCCGGCAAAGCCCUGCGAGGCGGCGGCUCGGAGAGGCACUGCAAGCGCAGACGCCUGGCCCGGGGCGCCGAGGCAGACAGGCCGGCCAGCUCCGCCAAGGGCAGGCCGCAGAGGGCGGCCAGGAAGGGCCGGGCGCACUGCCGGCUGCCCCCCGGCCGCCAGGCCUUCAGCCUCCUGGGCAACUUCCCCUGCGUGCCCUCGCUGGUGGUGGGCGAGGACGGGGACCUGCGCCCCGCCGCCUCGCUGGGCGGCAAGGAUUCCUGGGCCCUCUCCAAGAUCCACCCGCUGUGGAGCUGGCAGCUGGGGGGCAACGCCAUGCCCGUGCCCCCCAGCCUCAAAUUCCGGGGGUACAGCCUGGAGGACUUCUGAGCCACCCCCCACCCCAGCUCCUACCCCCCUUGGGCGAGCUGCUCCUGGUUUACAUGCAACAGUUGGGAGAAGAUUUGGGGUGGGGGGGAGCGGUGGCUGUCUGCAGGUCAGGGCUCUUCCACGACUGGUGCCUGGCACUCAGGCAGCGCUGUGCCCCCCACCCCUUCAGCCCCUUUUCAGGUGUCUCAGGUUGGCCAUUCCCUGCCCUCAGUAUAAUGGAGGCAGCCAAGAUCGCUUUAGGACACCCCCCCCCACCUCUCUUGUAAGGCCGCUGCUGGACAUCUUUGGGGAGGUGUGUGCGCAGGGGGGUGGCGGAUCUGCUGGCGGUGGGGUCGAGCACUGGGGUGUGUGUGAGUUUAGCAGAGGAAACUAAAGACAUCAGAUCAAACACGAGGUCAGUUUGAUUAAUGCCUCCCCCCCACCCUCCUAACAUUGAAUGGUUUAUUCCAAGCAGGGUGAUUCGGAAUCAAAUGUGCAUAUGGAAUGGGAGGCUCAAAAGGAUCCUGCCUGUCCUCCCCUAACCGAGUUAGUCGCGAUCCAUCCCCUCCCCACUCGCCCCCAGGGUAAAAGGAUAUUGGCCCUCCCCCCCUUCCUCUCCACUCGGGAGGGAAUGCAGUGCUGGCAUCCCAACACACACUAAACCGAUCUCCUCAAAGCUUUUUCUUUCUGGAAGAAAAAAAGCUGAAACCAGAAAAGAAUGGAUCUAAUUUCUCCCUUCCUUGAUAAAUGCAUUGGAUUAAAAUAAUAAUAAUCACACGCAGAGAGAAAGAAUGAGCCGUGCUAUGGAAUAAACACACCCUCCCCCCCCACCUUUUUUUUUAAGUAUGAAUCAAUCUCAUACAAAAACAUUGCAAGCAGCUAUUUAAAAGAAUAGUAAUAAUAGUAAUAUACUUUUCUCUAUCUACCAAAGAGGCAGGAAAAAUAAAGAAAAUCUGAAAAGACUGGGAAGUUCUAUUUGGGGGGUGGGGGAAAGAGGGGAAAAAGGCAACAAAAAACCAGGAAUGUUUGAAAGGAAGUUAUUUGAGACUGCUGUAUGUAAAAUUAAAAAAAGAGUUGUUUGCUGGAUAAUAACCCCAACACAGAUAGCCUAAAGGUAGCAGGCCUGUAAAAGCUUUAUUGGCUCAAGAAAUAGGAUCCAGGAGCAUUAGCAAUCGAGUACAGAUGGACGAUUUGAUCUCUAAGUUCCAACGUGGAAUGCGGAGAGGAAUGUGGAGGGAAUGUCUCUCUUCUCUCGAAAGGAAAUAAUAUCCCAGUUUAACUCUUCUUACAAACCAGUGUCUCUUUGUAACUGGCCCUUUCGACUAUUUCUGAUGUGAUUUCCACCCUUCUCUGGCAUCAAAGUUCAGCUGGCUCUCUGAAGUCGGCUGUGUUUGGGAAAUCUUAGACAAAUCAAAGCUGAUGCAGAUUUGUUUUGUUUUAUUUUUCCUCCCUUUCUUUUCAACAUAAAAUAUUUUCAACAAAAUGCCGAAGUGACACUGGUUGAAAUCACGCUAUACACCGCUUGGCGUGCUUAUAUUUUCCCCCUGCCGUGAUAAAAAAACCAACCCAGACUCUUAUAAAAAUCUUAUGCAGUCUUUUAAUUCCAGUGAAAGAAAGGAAGAAAAACGCGUUGUUCAUCACGAUAGAAAUACAAUCAAAGCAAAGAUUCAAACUGGCACUGAGGAUUUUGAUUUUUAGUGCCAUUCUAACGGUGGUAGGACAAAAUAAAAAUUAAAAAAAACAUUUGAUGUCUAAUAUAAAAAAAAACCAUUUCAGGUCAAAUAUAAUUUAUCCCUAUUGCUUUAUUUCUCUCUUCUGUAUGUUGAAUCUUUCCAAGACAAUUCUUUUUUUGUCUUUAUUUUUUGUUUCUAGUUGACUGGGAUUUUUUGGGGGUGGGGGUUGUUUUGGUCCCCCCCCCAUUUAAAAUGAAGAAGAUUUUUCCUACGGGUGUGAAAGAUCCGGAUUCCAACAAAAAAUUGCUGGAGGUUAUAAAAAUCCUGGCUGUGUGUGUAGGUGGGAGAGAAAUCCCUAUUCUUUUGGAAGUAUAUCUCUCUUCUGCAGUUUGCUUUUAAACUGCUUUCUAACAGACUGAGUUGUUCUCUCCAAAGUACACACACACGAAAAUGGAGGCUUUUAUUCUUUGCAUACACACACGGCGUUGGUCGUCCUGGCGACCCGAAAGGGGGAUCUGAAAAGCAAAGCCAAGGAGAGAAAGACACACACACACUCUCAUACAACGAAUCGUGCUUGUUUUUCUUUUCCUAUCUAAAGGGGAAUGCGGUUCUCAAACGCCUACUCCUUUCUUCAGAUUUUGCUCCUGGACUCUUAGUUGCAGGAUCCAAAUCAGGUUUUUUAAAAUGUAUUUUCUAGGGUGCUUCCCCCCGCCCCCAAACAGAUUUGUGGAGUUUGUUAAUUAAAAACCACUGUUAUUUAUGUGAGAGUGUGGAAUAACGCCAACAAAGAGCCAGGCACGAAACAGAGAGAGAGAAAAAAAGAAAGAAAGAGAUCAGUAAAGGAUUGAUAUUUUGAAAGUCUGCAGGUCAGGCACAUGGCUGCUAGAAAUGCCAGCGUGUUAGCUAGUUUUUCUUUAAUUAUAUGCCUGAUCCUAAAACACUUGUGAAUGCAAAGCUCCCAAUGAAGUCAGAAAGAGGGUUUGGGUUUUGUUUUUGUUUUGGGGUUGUUGUUUUUUUUGGGGGGGGGGGAUCUGGGUAACAUGGGCAGAAAAAAACCACCUUAGACUUUGAUUAUGCAAAAAAAUGUUGCUUAAGCAGAAAGAAAGAUAAGGUGCAGCUCUGUCUGUCACUGGCAGUAAUACACACAUAACUCAGGAAUACUCUACAAGGUAUCUAAUCACCUCAAAAACUGUGUACGCAUAUACCUAUGUGUGUGUGUUUACACAGACGCACACGUAUGUGUUUAUACGUGCAUACAUAUAGUUAUCUCCAUGUAGAUAUAUGUGUGUGUGCGUUUGUGUAUGUAUAUGUAUAUAAAACACAGCGAUGCAUACACUCACGCACAUGAUAUACAGGCAUACAUGCAUACGUUAUAUAUAAACACACACACACAUAAAUGUUAGGGAGGCUGUAGCAGGGCUGUGAAUACAAUAUACCUCAAAACUUUCCCCGCUCGCAUGCCUUGAUUGCUUUCUCUUGCAACAGAAACACCCUGUUCUCUGGGAAGGAAAAAAAAAACAAACCCAAACGCACCAUUUCUCCCCAUCUCUUUUUAGUAUGUUUCAAAAAAAUGUAUGUGGUCCGGAAAAAAAGUCAAAUAAUGUUCCUAGGAAUUCUCCAUUUCCUCCCGAAAGUGUUUUUUUAAGCUUGUUGCAUUGCAAUAAAAAAAAAAUAAAAAAGGAAAAUCCAGCAGUUAUUUGAUAUGAUAUGGCUUGGACCUUUUUUUAAGGAAAAAACAAAGCAAAACAAAAGCAAAACAAAAAUUCAGUGGUAGUUUCCUAGAAAGAAGCAAUCUCUCUUUGUUUAAAAAACCCCCAGGUUCCUAAAGAACGGGACAAUUAGGAUGCUGAAAAUUAUUUCUAUUUUUGAACAAUACUUUUUUUUUUUUUUGAAACCCCGGAGUGGUUUAAACAAUACAAUGGCACCUUUACCAUAUUAGUGACGUUACAUUAUUUCCAAUUGGGUGCAAAAGAAGGAAGAUCCGAUUUUUUUUAAGCGUUUGAAUAGAAAACAAACAUGCAAAUAUCUUCUUUUAUAAAUUUAAAGGAAAACCCCCCAACCCUGUUAUGAAUGGAUGCUGCUUUUUAAAAAAUGCAGUCAGUUUUAGACUCAGGAAAAUCUCAGCUUGGAUGUGGUGUAGUGUGAGGCUGUUGUAAGGAUUUAUUUUGGGGGGGAUGGGGGCCUAGCGAGUUCCCUGGCCCCUUUGCUCUACCUUUGCAUAAUUGGAUAUGCAGUUUGGGAGCAGAACACAGAGCAGCCCUCGGUUUUCAUGUAAAUCACUCCAGCUCCGCAGGAGUGGAGGUGGGUUAAAAUAGACUUGACCUGCUUUGCUGAUCCACUGGGGGGGGGGGGGGAAGGAGGGAGGACUGGGGAGAGCUCCACACGCAGGAUUUAAAGGUACAGGUCUCUAUUUCUGGCAAAACAGAGAGGGGGAAAUAAUUUAUAAAAGCAAGGAGGGGAAAAUACUUGUUAAUUUAUAAAAGCAAGGAGGGGAAAAUACUUCCCCCCCGCUUCCAGGCCCGCUGCAAAGACCCAGAGGAUCAAUGUCCUUUCCUGAGUGCUGGGGUGGGGAAGCUUCUCUCUUGGACUCAGGUCCCAGAGAUGAAGUUUCUACCUAUCUUUAAAUUAUCCCCAAAAGGAUCGGGGCGGGGGGAAUUUACCUCUGGUGAUUUUUUUUUUUACAAGACUGGGGUAUGGAACUGGCUGCACCUCAAACCUUCCCCCGCUGUGGUUAAUUUGCGUCCAGCUUCAGAAACUGCAUUUCCUCCGAUUGCUUCCCCCACCCUUCAGUUUGAAACACACGCUUAUAUAUAUAUAUAUAUAUAUAUAUAUAUAUAUAUAUAUAUAUAUAUAUAUAUAUAUAUAUAUAUAUAUACACACACACACACACACACACACACACACCAGGGGAGGGAGAGAGUUCUCGUCUCUUUUCAAGGGUAUAUUGGACUCUUUUUUUUUUUUUAGGUUGACUGUAACUUUAUUUAUUUCAAGUUGUUGUAAGUCUAUGAAUAUGGAAGAGUGUUAAUUCCUGCGUGCAAUAUGGAAUCUAGGCUGAGGAAUAAAUAACUUUUUACAGA